CUGGGGGUGGGGAAAAAAAUGAAUGAAAUUUACCUCCACUUCUGGUGAUAACAUGUUAAAAAGGAGUGGUCUUGGAACUUUGUAACGGAUUGUUAGCCAGGGUUUGUAACCUGGGAUGAGGCGACUUGCUUUUGAGAGCACCAUUUAACAGGGAAAAGGACUUCUGUUAGCUAAAUAAUCCAUUAACUGUAUCUCCCUAAGAAGAUACAGUUAGAGCAAUAACAGCAUAGGAAUAACCAUAGUUGUUUAGAAUUUUGUGCAGGUCAAAUCCCGUUACAACAAAAUUUAGUAAUAUAUCCAAAUGUUACAACAAAAUUUAGUAAUAUAUCCAAAUUCCUUAUUUGUCUUAAGCUUUUCAUACAAAGCAUUAGUAUGUAAUAUGUCUGAUUAUAGAAUUUAGGCUUGGGGUAUGAGCAAGGCUGGGUUUGAUCCCUUGCAGAACACACAAAAGGAUAUAGCUCAGGGGGAGAGCACUGGCCUAGCAUGUGCGGGGCUCUGGAUUUAAACCCCAAUCCAGAUAACUCUGUUCUUAGCUUUCCUUGGAGAAAAAAGCAUGAGGACUUUUUAAGGGCAUUUCAGCCCAUUCAGUCUUCUAAUUAACACUGUGUCUAGUUUCCCCACUACUGGGAAUGUGGAUGUGAACUUGCAUGGUGCUGGUUUGCUCCUUGGAGCUGUUUGCCUUGUGUUUCAUGGUGCCGGUGCCAGAGUGUUCCUUGAUUCACUUAGAUCAGAGCGUAGCAAGCAUCAGAAUUUGCUUGGUACUUUCAGGGUAGACAAUCAAAGGUGAAGUCCCUGUUCUUCAAGAACUUACAGGCCACCCAGGAGAGAUCACGGAGGUGUACGUCUAAGGGAACAGUGCAGCUGAGGGAGCAACCCUGCAGUUAAAGGAGGGAGUAGAGCUUCAUGAUAGCCAGUGGCUCCUCCUCAGUGUAUCUCGUCAUCCAUUGACCCCCCUCAGCAGAUGGAUAAUGGCAUUUUUGUAAUAUUUUGAUUUUUACGGUGUUCACUGUAACGGGAUUUAACCUGUCGCAUCUUUCCAUCAGAGAAAUGCAGAUUACACAAAUGAAAACAUCAUAUAUCUUCAUUGUACUUUCUGUACUUUGUACCAAAUGUACUUUAAGCGUAUGUUCCAGAUGUUAGUGAAUAUGUAUAAGUGCAAGCAUUAGAAAGCCUUUAGCAGAUAGCUUUAUGAACAUGGAUGUUUGUUUACUUUUAUACUGAGUAAGAUAAACAUGUACUGUUUGUACAUAACAAGCAUUAAGAUGUCUGUGGAAUGCUAUUCCGUGUAGGAUGGGAGAGAGUGGUUGCUGUAAGUCACAAGGAUUUUGAAUGCUGCUAGAGUAGCUGGUGUUGCUUAACGUGGCAUUUUUUUCCUGUCCACACUUUCCACCCUUGGUACAGGUGUUUUUGAUAAAGCUGUGGAAUGGAAAGAGGUCCUGUAAUAAAGAGGGAUCCGAACAAGCUCAGAAAGAAAAUGAAUUUCAAGGGGCCGAGGCUAUGGUUCUGGAGAGCGUUAUGUUUGCCAUUCUCGCAGAGAGGUCACUUGGGCCAAAGCUCUAUGGCAUCUUUCCCCAAGGCCGAUUGGAGCAGUUCAUUCCGAGCCGGCGAUUAGACACUGAAGAAUUAAGUUUGCCAGAUAUUUCUGCAGAAAUAGCUGAAAAAAUGGCCACAUUUCAUGGUAUGAAAAUGCCAUUCAAUAAGGAACCAAAAUGGCUUUUUGGAACAAUGGAAAAAUACCUAAAUCAAGUGCUGAGGAUUAAAUUUACUGGGGAAUCCAGAAUCAAACAGCUCCACAAGUUCCUCAAUUACAAUCUGCCUUUGGAACUGGAAAACCUCAGGUCACUGCUUGAAUCUACUCCGUCUCCAGUUGUAUUUUGUCAUAAUGACUGUCAGGAAGGUAAUGUCUUAUUGCUGGAAGGCCGAGAGAAUUCUGAAAAACAGAAACUGAUGCUCAUUGACUUUGAAUACAGCAGUUAUAAUUACAGGGGAUUUGACAUUGGGAAUCAUUUCUGUGAAUGGAUGUAUGACUAUAGCUAUGAAAAGUACCCCUUCUUUACUGCCAACAUUCUCAAGUAUCCCACCAGGAAACAACAGAGUUGCCAGGGUGAGCUGUCUGAAUGCCUGGAACAGUCUCAGCUCCAUUUUAUUUCCAGUUACUUGACUACAUUCCAGAAUGACUUUGAAAACCUCAGUAGUGAAGAAAAAUCUGCUAUAGAAGAAGACGUGUUGCUUGAAGUCAAUAGGUUUGCCCUCGCAUCCCAUUUCUUCUGGGGACUUUGGUCCAUUGUACAGGCCAAGAUUUCAGCCAUUGAAUUUGGGUACAUGGAGUAUGCGCAAGCCAGAUUUGAUGCCUAUUUUGACCAGAAGAGGAAGCUUGGGGUGUGAUUGGGGAGGAGCAGCCCUUCGCCACUGGACUGCGGGAGACCGCGAGCCGGGCCCUCUGCGCUGUGACCUGCAGCAUGAAGGCCCAGACGUCUCUGAACACAGAUGUGUAUGAUAACGAAGACUAUUAAAGUGGAGUGACAUUUAUCUCAUCCCUUGUUGACGAUCUCACUAGGACUUGGACGAGGUGGGGAAGCAGAGUGUAGGCAGUAGAACAGUAGAUCAGCCUCUGAGCCCCGGAACCAGAGGCGGCCUUUCGCGCCGGGCUGUGAGGCUUCCGGUGGGCACGGCCGCCAGCGGGAGCAGACAGCAUUGCUGCAGGUACUUCGGUUAAUGUUUUUUGUUUUUUUUUAUUUUAAAUUUAUCAUUAAUAUACUGGUGAACGUUGUAACCAGGCUUCUUGUAGGUGACAAUGUGAUGUAGACACUCUUGCUCCCAAGGGACACGAGGGAGUGGACACACUGUGAAGUGGCUCCCCGGGCAGCAUGUAUCUCUGGGCAGAGCGACGGCAGCUGGAGAAGCAGGCUACACAGGAGCAGCCAGGAGCUCUGCGGGCAGAUGGCUGCGGCCCUCCUGUGCCUGCUACAUAUGUUGAUACCUGGACAAGCUUCUCUAUGACUGGACAUGACUUGCACCCGCCCCUUCUGACUGGUGUGCUUUGUAACUCUGGCUUCACAGUGUGGGGACCUCAGCCCCCAGCCUUUCUCUCCUUCCCUCUCCUGGCCACAGGCAGCCUCCAGGGAAUCCUUCCGCGUAGGCUGCUGCCCUGGCCUUGACCAGCAUUCCCAGCCCCAUCCCUCACCCCCACCCCCACCCCCACGUCCUAGUGUCACUCUGGGAGACACCGGCACUGACGUGGGUUGUGGUGCAAUGGAGCAGAGCUGUGAAUCCAUGAGCAUUAGUGUCCAGUGGGUAAAUUUUAGCCAACUUUUUUACUCCAAAUUCUGAAUUGUUUUUGUGCAUAUAUUUCUGCUAUCACAGAGAUUGUACUACACAGAUAAAUAAUAAAAUUAAGACUCAGCCUCAA